UUUAAUUGUAACAAAAACUUGAAGAACAACAACAAGAAGAGAAGAUGAAGAAAGUUAUGGUGAUUAUCGACGAGAGCAACUCAAGUUAUGAUUUACUCAUUUGGGUCCUCACAAAUCUAAAAGAUGUCAUUGACAGCUCCAAAGUUGUGAUCUUCGCAAAACAGCCACAAAACUCCUUCACUCCUCCUACUGCACUUUCUACGUCGGUUGGCUUUGCUCAGAUUUUCUGUCCAUUUUCACCCAAUGCAGAACUCAUGAGAUUGGCUCAACAAAGGAAUACAAAAAUUGCGUUGGGUAUAUUACAGAAAGCCAAGAAGUUAUGUGAAAAUAAUGGGGUUAAAGCAGAGACAUUUACUGAUGUUGGAGACUUGAAAGAUACAAUCCACAAAAUAAUUCAAGAGCAAAAGAUCAACUUAAUAGCUAUCAGCGAUGAACAAAACCGAAAUCUUAAAAAGUGUUUACCUACUACAGAGUGUUCUCUUUUGGUCGUGAAGUGAAGCAAGGAGAUUUGGCAAACAUUCAGAUGGUACAAUUCAGUAUAUGUAGUAUUGUAUGCGAUUGUCAUUAUGUAAAAUAUAUGAUUACGUUAGUUUGGGGUUGUACUUGAACAUUUGGUUGUAUGUAUAUAAAUAAAUAAUAUAUAAAUUAGAAAAAUUAUUGUUUACAAA